AAGUAGGAAGCUAUAUGAAAAUCGGCUGGAUUUAGGGGAUGUGGCAAGCAGUCGAGAUAGAAGGCUAGCUACCAUGCCCUACCCUACCCUAUCAAUUCAGUUAGCAGCCUUAGUCAAAGUUAGCUUCUGAGCUUAGCCGCUCCAUACUAGUUAGCAGUCGGCCUUUGCCUUGUGUCGGUCCAAAUCCUAUAUUUCUUUACACUGUGAGUUGACUAUCGACUGCAAUUCUACACCAACUGCUCGAUUCCAACCGUGAUCGAGCAGCAAGCCUUGCAGCCAUGAUACCAGUGCUGCAAAAGCUGAGCGGCCUUUACGUGUGGUAUGCACUGGUGGUGCUCACACUGGGCUACCUCACAGCCGAGUUGGGUCACUUCCUGAUUGGAGUCACCAGCAAGGCAACCGCCGUCGACAUCCACUAUGGUGACAUAGCAUGUCAGUGGCUCCCCCCACCCCACACCGAGUACCAGAAAGAGCUCAGUGAUGCUUGUACUGCCGCACUCGAUAAAAUCACUUGCGAAAACACGACUCAAUGUGAAUGGAACUACAAUGGUCUUGGUUAUGACUACCAAGUCUUGGCUGGACCUAGUUUCAUUGCUGUAUACACGAUUGCUGGCAUUUUUCUUGGAGUUGCUGCCGAUAAAUACAAAAGAGUCCCAAUGGUUGCCACAUGCAUUCUUAUAAUUGGAGUUUCAUGUCUUCUAAUUGGAGCCAGUACUGAAUAUUGGCAACUUCUCGUUCUGAGAAUGGUCUUCGCAGCUGGAGAAGCUGGUCUGAAUCCCAUGUCUACUGGAAUCCUUUCCGAUCUAUUCCCUGAGCAUUUGCGAGGUUUAGUGAUGUCCCUUUUCAACUGGGGAAUCUACGGUGGAAUCGGUCUAUCUUUCCCAGUCGGGCGCUACAUUACCGAACUAAAUGCAUGGGGCUUGGGUUGGAGAGUGGCAUAUUAUUUCAGCGGAAUAAUAGCGUUGAUUGUUGGAGUGCUAGCUGCCAUCUCACUGAAAGAGCCAGAGCGAACCGCCAUCGGAGAAGAAACAGAGGAGCAACAAGAUACUGGAGCAAAGAAAGAGAGCGACAGCACAUGGAAAAUUAUGCUCCAGCCAAGAUUCAUCAUGUUAUGCAUUGCUGCUUCGAUUCGUCACACUGGUGGAUUAUGCUUCGCGUACAACUGUGACCUGUUCUAUCGUGACAUCUUCCCGCACCUGGAUCUUGGCGGCUGGCUGUUUUUCGUGACUUUCGUGGUUGGCGGCGUGGGUGUCAUUGUGGGAGGAAUCGUCUCCGAUAAAAUAGUCGCCAAGAUGGGAAUCAAGUCACGAGCUGCUGUAUUGGCCAUCAGUCAACUUAUUGCCACACCUUUUGCCUUCGGAAGUAUUUACAUGGGACCAGUCGGCGCAAUGAUCACUCUAGCUAUAUCUUAUUUAUUUGCUGAAAUGUGGUUUGGCAUACUUUUUGCCAUCUUGGUGGAGAUUGUUCCAGUAUCAGUGAGAUCAACCACAGUUGGCGUUUUCCUUUUCAUUAUGAACAAUAUUGGAGGAAAUUUGCCAAUUCUCAUGGAACCUGUGAGAAAAGCAACCUCGUUCCGAGACUCUCUAGCUAUUUUCUAUGCUGGCGCCUACUUAAUAAGCUCAGUACUAUUCGCCAUAACAAUGAUGAUGAUGGGCAAGACAAAGAAAGAGACAAAAAAUGCAGCCAAUGUUGAAGGAGUGGCCAAUGAAGGUUUCACAUCGCUGGAAAACAUUUCCAGGACCAACAGCCAACCAGCCAACAGUAGGACAAUCGAAAGUCACCAUUUGUAAAAAAUCAAACGAAGCCCAUGUUCAUUCAACAAGUGAUUUGUGAUACGUUUUUUUAUAUAAGUUAUAAUUAUUAUCAUUAUUUAUACAUAGACAAUCUGUACAAAUAUGUUAAUUGCAUUAGAAGCCAGUUCCUAGUGCUAAAUUUAUAAUUUGUAGUUUAUGUUUCUAUGUUAAUUGAGAAGGCACUUUGACGAAGCUAUAAUGUGUUCAUUUCGAGAGCGAUUAGAGAGAAAUGAUCAACAAUUGUUAGUUUUAUACUGUGUAAAGCUGUAGAAUUUUCCAAUGUUUCAACAGAACAUUAUUGUAGAAGUUUCAACGACGAGUGGAAAUGAUAUAGUUAAGAGCUGUGAAUUUUAUAAAUUUUGAUUGGAUUUGGGUAUAAAAAUACUGAAAUGUUGAGAUAAAAAUUGUUCAAAUUAAAUUUUAUGUUAAAUCAAUAAACUGGUAAUAUAAUAUAAAAUGUUGAAUAUUAUAAAAUGAUAAGAAUUUGUAAAUACAUUUUGAUACAAUAUCAACAUUCAACUCUUGAAAUAUAGGCUAAAUUAUAAUUUCAACCUUUUAAGAGGAUAGUACAAUAUUAAUGAAAUGAAAAUAUUUUGACGCAGGAGAAAGGAGAAUCUUGAGACCAACUGUUAAAAACUAACAAAACAUUGACACGAUCAAUGCUGUAAUCAAACGUUAUGAGCAUUGCACAUCUCAUCACAUUAAAAGCUCAUUAAUGUAACCCAUUUUCAAUGAAUAUUCCAAACUAAAAGUUACAUGAAACUAAUAUUAUCACGGUACCAUAGAAACGUAAUUGGCAAUUCAAAAUCGGAUUUUUUUAAUAAUUCCGUGUCAAUUAAAAUGAUUAACCACUCUUUUGUAAUUGACUAUGCAAAGUAAGAUGGGGAAGAAUGCUGAGCUUAUUUACCUAUGUAUAGGAAUACAUGAAUAAAUAUGAUGUGUAAAUCUCUAAUACCCAAAGCAAUCUAUUUUGAACGUGUAGAUUUGUGAAUUACCAUAAUUUCAGAGCAAAAUAAUGUUGUUAAUAAAGCAAUGUUAAACAAUA